AUGAUGUCCUCACCUCCGGCCGCGGCUACAGAGCCUCCAUCUUCCGACGAAGGCUUGUUGCCCGCCGCCUCCACCCCGACUUCUAAAUUCCCCAACUCAACCCACCUUCCUCAGAUCCCCAUCACAUGGCCCGUCGACGGAUCCCUCACUGUUUCCUGGAUUUUCAACCUCAUUCAAGCCUUCGACUGGGCCUCCAGAGCUAUUCCCCCUUCCGAAUUUCCUUCCGUGCUCCCUGUCGGAGUCUUUGAUAAACUUGUACUUGCCGCUUCUAAGAUUCUGCAUAAAGAGCCCAAUUGUGUUCAAAUUGAUGAAAAAUCUGGGCUGAUGGCAGACUCCCGGGUUGUAGUGGUUGGAGAUGUGCAUGGGCAGCUGCACGAUGUUUUGUUUUUGCUGACGGAUGCUGGAUUUCCGUCCCAAGAUCGUUUUUACGUUUUCAAUGGGGAUUAUGUGGAUAGAGGUGCUUGGGGCCUUGAGGUUUUUCUACUCUUACUGGCCUGGAAGGUUGUAAUGCCUCACAGGGUGUAUCUUCUUCGUGGAAAUCAUGAGUCGAAGUAUUGUACAUCUGUAUACGGGUUUGAGAAGGAAGUAUAUACCAAAUAUGGAGAUAAUGGAAAGCAUGUCUAUCGAAAGUGUUUAGGCUGUUUCGAAGGACUUCCCCUUGCUUCCAUCAUAGCUGGGAAAGUUUACACUGCACAUGGAGGGCUUUUCCGUGGCACUAUCAUUACCCCAUCAAAAAGGUCUAAAAAGAAGAAUCGUAAGGUUGUUCAUAACCCCGAGGUGACUUCUUUGACCCUUGGUAACUUGGAAGAGUUGGGGAAAGCUAGAAGGUCGGUCCUUGAUCCUCCGUGGGAAGGUCCAAAUCUGAUUCCUGGUGAUGUUUUAUGGUCAGACCCAUCAAUGAGCCCUGGUCUUGCUCCAAAUAAGGAGCGCGGAAUUGGCCUGCUGUGGGGCCCAGAUUGUACUGAAGCUUUUUUGAAGAAGUUCAAUCUAAAGUUGAUUAUCAGGUCACAUGAAGGUCCUGAUGCUAGGGAUAAACGACCUGAUCUUGGUGGAAUGGAUUUAGGGUAUACUAUCGAUCACACUGUAGAAUCUGGGAAGCUAAUCACAUUAUUCAGUGCCCCAGAUUAUCCCCAAUUUCAGGUAGCUUUGGUGCCUUAUGCAAUUUAA